AUGUCUUCACUACGACCAGCUUCCCGCCGCAUCCUCUCGACAGUCACAAAUGCGCCUCGCCUACAAAGACGAUGCUUGGCCACGGCCACAGCAGACAUCACUCCCUCGUCGCCAAAUACAACGAACUCUACCCCUCGACGAGCUAGCAAAUUCUCCGAUGUCUUGAAUGCUGGCCCUGCAUUCGGCGACUUUGUUUCUGGAAAAGAGGAGCCCUUGAGCCCCGAGGAGGCUCUGGAGUUGAAGACGGUUAUGGUUGGCCCUGCCGGCAAGAAGAAGCCUCACACACGACUGCCCGAAUGGCUCAAGACUCCUGUCCCCGUUGGCCAAAACUUCAAGAAGAUCAAGAACGACCUGCGUGGUCUGAACCUACACACCGUGUGUGAAGAAGCUCGCUGUCCCAACAUCUCCGACUGCUGGGGCGGCGAUGACAAGUCUGCCGCUACUGCGACAAUCAUGCUUAUGGGCGACACAUGUACCCGUGGAUGCCGAUUCUGUUCAGUCAAAACCAGCCGAAAGCCCCCUCCGCUAGAUAUCCACGAGCCAGAGAACACUGCCGAAGCCUUGCGCAGAUGGGGUCUUGGUUACGUUGUCUUGACCUCCGUCGACCGUGACGAUCUCGCAGACGGCGGCGCACACCACUUCGCCGAAACAAUCAUCAAGAUUAAGCAGAAGGCUCCCACAAUGCUGGUCGAGGCCUUGACCGGCGAUUACGCUGGUGAUCUCGACAUGGUCAAGGUGGUCGCUCAAAGUGGUCUGGAUGUGUACGCUCACAACAUGGAGACCGUUGAAGCCUUGACACCUUUCGUCCGCGAUCCUCGCGCAAAGUUCCGCCAAUCGCUCCAGGUCCUCAACGCUGCAAAGGAGGCCAAAGAGGGUCUGAUCACAAAGACUAGUCUGAUGUUGGGUCUCGGCGAGACCGAGGAACAGUUGUGGGACACUCUCAAAGAACUUCGCAAGAUCGACGUCGAUGUUGUCACAUUCGGUCAAUAUAUGCGCCCUACCAAGCGUCACAUGAAGGUCGAGGAGUACGUCUCGCCUGAGAAAUUCGAACUCUGGAGACAACGCGCACUCGACCUGGGCUUCCUUUACUGCGCAAGUGGCCCUCUGGUUCGCAGCUCCUACAAGGCUGGCGAAGCCUUUAUCGAGAAUGUCAUCAAGAAGCGUGCCAAGAAGAGCCAGCUUGCCAUGGCUGAGGACGCAGGCGACUACAAACCUUUGAACGCUGCAUAA